AUGACUCAGCGACAGAUCAUUCAAGUUUUCGAACAGUAUCAGAAGUCGAGGAUGCAGUUUGUGCAGACGGUUGCAGAUAUGGCGGCGAGACCCCAAAACAUAGAGACCCUGCAGAGUGCUGGGGUGAUGUCCUUGCUGCGUCCCCUGAUACUGGACGUGGUCCCCAGCAUCCAGCAGACUGCAGCCUUGGCUCUGGGCCGCCUGGCCGACCACAGCGAUGACCUGGCGGAGGCCGUAGUGAGGGAAGACAUCCUGCCCCAGCUGGUUCACUCUCUGGUCUCUCAGAACAGGUUCUAUAAGAAAGCAGCAUCGUUUGUCCUCCGGGCUGUGGCCAAACACUCCCCCGACCUGGCCCAGGCUGUGGUGGCCUGUGGGGGGGUGGACGCUCUGGUCCUCUGCCUGGAGGAUUUUGACCCCGGGGUGAAGGAGGCCGCAGCCUGGGCUCUGGGCAACGUCGCCCGACACAAUGAGCUGUUGGCUCAGUCCGUGUUGGAUGCGGGUGCCGUCCCUCUGCUGAUGCUCUGUCUCCGGGAACCAGAGAUGGCUCUGAAGCGCAUCGCGGCCUCCAACCUCAGCGACAUCUGCAAACACACGCCGGAGCUGGCGCAGGCUGUGGUGGACACCGGGGCCGUGGCGCACCUGGCGCAGAUGAUCCUCAACCCGGACGCAAAACUCAAGAGGCAGUUGUUCUCAGCCCUCAGUCAGAUCAGCAAGCACUCGGUCGGCCUGGCAGAGAUGGUGAUCGAGGCUGAGAUCUUCCCUGCAGCCCUGUCCUGCCUCCGAGAUCCAGACGAUUAUGUGAGGAAGAACGUCACCACUCUGAUGAGGGAGGUGGUGAAGCACUCACCAGAGCUGUCCCAGGUCAUUGUGAACUGUGGUGGCAUGUCAGCAGUCAUCGAUUCUCUGGGUGACUGCCAAGGAAGUCUGCGGCUGCCGGGGAUCAUGAUGCUGGGAUAUGUGGCCACUCACAGUGAGAACCUCGCCAUGGCCGUCAUUAUAUCCAAGGGGGUGCACCAGCUGGCCCUGUGUCUGUCUGAGGAGCCUGAGCAUCACAUCAAGGCGGCCACGGCCUGGUCCAUCGGCCAGAUUGGGUACCACACGCCCGAGCAUGCGAAGGCCGUGGCCAUGGCGAACCUGCUGCCCAGACUGCUGCUGCUCUACAUGGAGGCCAGCAGCUCAGAGGACCUACAGGCCAAAAGUAAGAAGGCUCUGAAGAGCAUCCUGCAGAUGUGCACCUACCUGCCAGCUCUGGAGCCCCUCCUCUACGACGCCCCCAGCAACAUCCUCAAACAUGUUGUGUGCCAGUUCAGCAAGGUGCUGCCUCAUGACAGUAAGGCCCGACGUUUGUUUGUGACCAGCGGGGGUCUGAAGAAGGUGCAGGAGAUCGAUGCUGAGCAGGGCUCUCCUCUGCAGGAGUACAUCAACACCAUCAACAGCUGUUUCCCCGAGGAGAUAGUCAGGUACUACUCCCCUGGCUACUCAGAGGUCUUGUUGGAGAGGUUGGACAACUACCAGCCGGCCUUGUGA